ACAAAUUAAGAGAAGGAAAGCUUAGGUUGAAACACAGAACAUUUUAGAGCCUAGCCAUAUUCAAGAUGGGAGAAGAAUUUGUAGACAUGAAGUUGGAAAUAGAGAAGACGAAGGUGCCACCACAGCCACAACGAGCCCAUUUCGUUCUAAUACAUGGAAUAGGGGGAGGAGGGUGGUGCUGGUACAAAAUUAGGUCUCUUAUGGAGAAUUCCGGCUACAAAGUCACAUGUCUUGACCUUAAAGGUGCUGGCAUCGACCAAGCUGACCCGAACACCAUUGUUUCUUUUGAUGAAUACAACAAGCCUCUCAUCGAUUUUUUGUCAUCUUUGCCUGAUAGUGAACAGGUAAUAUUGGUAGGACAUAGCGCUGGAGGGCUGAGUGUUACAGAUGCAACCCAUAAAUUCCNAUAUAUAUAUAUAUAUAUAUAUCCCAUAUUUAGUGAGCCAGGAGUCCCCGAUUUAUCAGAUUUUGGAGAAUUUGCUGAUGUAUAUGACAUGGGGUUCGGUUCAGGACCCGAUCAACCUCCAACCAGUAUAGUUGUCAAGAAAAGUUUACAACGCAAAAUUAUUUAUCAUAUCAGCCCACUUGAGGAUUCAACAUUAGCGACAAUGGUAUUGCGUCCAGGACCAAUUCAAGCGUUACAAAGCGCGCGAUUCAAAGAAGAAGGCGAGGGAGCAGAGAAUGUGCCUCGAAUCUACAUAAGAACGGCAUAUGAUCGAGUGAUGAAGACGGAGCAGCAAGACGCAAUGAUCAGAAAAUGGCAACCCCAACAUGUGUAUACCUUGGAAAGUGAUCAUAGCCCAUUCUUCUCUGCUCCUUUCGCGCUAUUCGGUUUGCUUCUCAAGGUUGCUGCUUCUUUUUAGUGCAGUUGACUAAAGAUAGUCUCGUCUCCAACUCUUGUUCUUGGCUUAGGGAAAUUCAUUGGAGGAGUUCGUGUUGCAUUUCAAGAGCUAAAAGAAAUAAGAUACAUGGAAAGUACUGUCUCCUAAAAGGACCUAUUGGUUAGAAAAUACAUCGAGUUCAGAUGCAAGAAAGUCAUUUCACAACAACAUGGUUUCAAUAGGAAAAAUUGUAAGAGCCAAAUGGUCAAAAUGAACCAUGUUCAUGUAGAUUGGCCUGAACCCAGGCACAAAACAUGACACAUGUAUAAUGACUUGAGAUUUAUUGUGCAAUCAGAAUUAAGAUAAACUCAA